AUGAACCCGCUGCACUACCGAGAAGGCGGGGACCUGCAAUACCGCAGCAUGUGUUCGCUAGCAACUGGCACAGCCUCUCCGGCCGCCCACCUCGCACUGGCGGCGGACAAGGUGACGGUGUCGAGCGAGUUCAACGAGCACACCGCCGCGCCACUGCUCGUUGACGGAAACGUGGCCGGUGGUAUGUUCACAACUGCCGACAACUCUUAUGGCGCACCAGCCCAGAAGUGCCCCUGGAUACAAAUAGAGUUACCCGACGACACUCCGGUGAGCCAUGUGGAGCUGAGCACGCAGCACGAAGGAAGUAACCUAUUUCGGCUUCGCCGAUUGUUUUUCAUUUAUGAGGAUCAUUCCCAGACGUGGGACGCUGGGAACUCGGGCCGGCCGGAGGGAAACCUCGCCAGGGAGCAGAACGCCGGCCUUCGGGUUCUGCUCACCAACACCGCACGCGACAGGACCGCCACUUCCCAAUGGCAUACCCCAUCCGCGACCCGGCAGUGGUGGAAGGGGACCGCGGCUGGGGACCCUUGUCCGGACCCUGAUCCUGUCGAAGUCUGCGAGCACAUCAUCUGCAAAGAAGGCGAAGGAGCUACCUGCAAACAAGACCGGUUCCCGGCGUCCGGGGCCGUGGCCACCGCUAAAGUGACCUGCGGGGACAAGAAGGGCAAGUACCUCACCAUCGAGCUGUAUGGAACUGUCAGGAUUGAAAUCGUCAAAGUUGAAAUAGUUUGUCAUGCAUAAAAUGCAACGCGAGCGCAGAAAUGAAAACGCCUGUCUUGCAGAGUAGGCAAGGGAGGCAGAUUGUGAGCCUGUUUCGGGGUAGAAGUAGAGCUUCUCAAGUAGCAUCACAAAAGGCGUCCUCCUUACCCAAACUAACAGCAUUACAAACUGGAUUUCGGCUCUACUCAAAUUUGUCAUGCGCCGCUUACAAAUUGGACUUGCAACUGGUAUCGAUUUUAUGCAUUACAAGUUAUUUCAACUUUGUCGAUUUCAACUCUGACACAUCCAUAAGCUGCCCGGCAUCACGGCCUCCAUGGCUGCCGAUUACACUGCUCCAUCGAAGCGCAUGCUCAACCUGAACGAAGUGCAGGUGUUUGCCGCCACCAGCCUACCAAGAGGGAAAUGGCGCGUGCAGUUUCGGGACAACCAGCCCCGCUACGUCACCCGCUUCCGCAUUUUUCCGCGUCUCUAUCCUGACGGAAAGAUAAAUGUUCGAGACCAAAACAGGAUCAAAGGAGCAAAGAUUUACUUUGACGAUGAGACCACCAGUUCGCAGAGCUUGCCGGUACCCUUUCCCGAAAUUAAUCAUUACGAUGCGUCUGUCCACCGCGUCCUGAAGUCCAUUACGAUCGAGGGGCUGCACGACCAUCAGCUCACCAUCUGUGGAUUCCACCUGUUCGUGCCAGCGGACCAGCCUCGAACGGCAACCGUGGUACCACCGGAAGUGAGUACUCGCCUCCUUCGAGCGGAGCACCCGCUGCUCCAGCAGGCACAGCAAGGCGACCGGCUCAGGUUUCGCUUUCUUGGGGAGUUCGGGAAAACCAAGUCCGCAAACUACAAACACCAUUUGUUGCGCUUUCACGUGACCCCUGCGUAUCAGACGUGAAAGAAGAUAAUAUGAAAUAAAUAUGACAUCGAUCUGCUCCAUCUUCUACUGUAGCGCGCGCCCGCGCCGCGACUUCUGUAAUUAUUAUAUGGAGGCCCGCUCAGGUCGUAAUAAUUUACUCUUUAUGAUGUAUAUCAUGCAAAUAACGGCGCCGCAUUAAAAAAGAAAAAAGACGAUGUCGAUCGCCUGAACCACGAUGUCGAUCGCGCUUAUUCCGGCAGCCCGGGCGCCAGAAGGGCAUUCCGGACGGAGCAGUCCCGGGGCCGGGCGACUGGUGUGCGUCUCUGUUGCCAAGGGGAGACGUUGCGUAUUGGCUUGCCCAGUUACCGCCCUCGUAGAUGGUUUGUGUAUUUUUCCCUAUUUGUCGGAGAACAGAAAUUCGAACUCCGAUUUUCUGCUUCCGAGGUGCAUUUCAAAAUCAAGUUCAAAAUCCGUUCAAAAUCCGUUCAAGACCAAAUUUCUAAUAUGGCGAAGAGGUUUUGAACGGAUUUUGAACGGAAUUUGAACGGAGGUUUGAGUUUCGUUUUGAAAUUGGUGGAAAAUUUGAAUCACGUUUUGAAAUUGGUGGGAAAGUUGAAAUACGUUUUGAAAUUGGCCUGUGGGAUGAAUUUCGUUUUGAAAUUGGCCUCCCUCAUCAAUGACGCUUCGAAAUUCCAACCCGGGGCGAAGCCACGCUGCGAGCCUACGGCCUGGGCUAGUCGACCGCCAGCAUGCGUGAAAAUUGCCGCCAAAUAGCCUCCGCAGCAGCAGCGGCAAAGGUAUUUUG